UUCCGAUUUAAAUGCUCCACCGCCGCCAACCGAGCUCCAUCGCAUUUUUGUGGAGCGCGAGUGCGUCAUUAUUAUACACAAAUCAGGGAAAAUCAAUUCUGGUGCCAAAGUGCGUGCAAUAAAAGUGUCAAGUUAAGACUAGAAGCCCCAAAAAAGUGCAAAAUGGAGCGUAUUCUGCGGGGGAUUAUGCGGUACAGGAACACGACGCGCGAGCAAAUGGUCAAGGAGUUCCAGAAAGUGCGCGAUAAUCCAGAGCCCAAGGCCGUCUUCUUCACCUGCAUGGACAGUAGAAUGAUUCCCACCAGGUACACCGACACCCACGUGGGCGAUAUGUUUGUGGUCCGAAAUGCUGGCAAUUUGAUUCCGCAUGCUCAGCACUUUCAGGAUGAGUACUUCAGCUGCGAGCCGGCUGCCUUGGAACUGGGCUGCGUGGUGAACGACAUACGACACAUAAUAAUCUGCGGACACAGCGACUGUAAGGCCAUGAAUCUCCUCUACCAGCUUAGGGACCCCGAUUUCGCCUCAAAGCUUAACCGUCGCCUCUCACCCUUGCGAUCCUGGCUGUGCACCCAUGCCAACACCAGUUUGGAGAGGUUCCAGGAGUGGCGCGACGCCGGCAUGAAGGAUCCCUUGAUCUUCUCGUCCGAGACUCCGCUUCGUCGCUUUGUGGCCUACAUUGAUGAGGAGCAGAAGUUCGCCGUCGAGGACAAGCUCUCACAGAUCAACACACUGCAGCAGAUGUCCAACGUUGCGUCCUAUGGUUUCCUGAAGGCCCGCUUAGAAUCCCACGAUCUCCACAUUCACGCCCUUUGGUUCGAUAUUUACACCGGUGACAUAUAUUACUUCAGCCGCGGAGCGAAACGAUUUUUGCCCGUCGAUGAAGACACCGUGGACCGAUUGUCCGAGGAGGUCAGGAGAUUCUACUCGUAGGCACCUCAGGCGAACCAUCUGGAUUAUCUGUGAUAUGUGGGCCUUAUACCGCUUUCGGCAUUUACAAGUGACCAAUUACUAGAAUUGUUUUGUGUAUGUAUUUAUAAGUGUGUAAUUGUUUGUAUAUAAACUUAAGGCCUACUAAGGUUUCAACUUACAAA